GCAAAUGUUAAGAAGUUUUAGGUGAUUUGUGAAAACUCCUUUUACAUGAUCUUGUUCUUACUUUUGGAAGAAGGGUGUGUGCAACAUGGUGCUAUAAGUGGAUCACUUUAGACGUCAAGCUUUAGUGCCGCAACAAUGAAAGCUCACUCAGUUUGGUGGUUGGUGGUUCUGGCAAUAUUGAAAAAUGUUUCUUGUAGUGAAAGAACCCUCUUCAAACUGGUCACCACGUCCCUGACAGCUAAAGAGGGAUCCUGCGUUGAAAUCAGCUGCAGAGUCAAUGAAAGAGUGAAAGCUGCUGGUGCUCACUGGUUUUGGAUAAAGGACAUAGUGUGGAGUAAAUCAGUUUUGACUGGCACCGUCAUCUACAGCAUGAAUAAGUCACUCAUUCCUGUCAGCACAGACUUUGCUGACAGAGUGAAAGAAAUCAGUUCUCUUUUACCAGCUUCAGGAGGUUAUCUUACAAUCUCAAAAAAGAGCAGUAUUUUACUCUGCAACUUGAGAAAGUCCGACAAUGGAAAAUAUUUCUUUAGAUUUGAUGGGCAAGAAAAGUGGUACACCGCGGCAGUGCGGCUACAUGUUAAAGACAAUCCAUGCCUGAUCACUUUUAAGCAACCGCCCGUCUACAAGGAAAACAACCCCAUAACGCUCACUUGCUCCACUUUGGGUUCAUGUGGUUCAAACCCAGUAAUCAAACCUCUAAGGCCACUGUCUCCGACUCCGCUCUCAACGUGGGAUUAUGAUGGCAGAAAUAAGAAGAGCACGUCGCUCAGUUUUACUGUUAACUGGCAGCAUGACGGAGAGGAGUUUUCCUGCCAGACAGAUGACAGCGACAGAUAUUUGAUGCGAAAUAUCAGCUUAACUGUGGAAUAUCGGCCCGAGGUUGAGGUGUCCAUGUCCCCUACUGCCACAGUUAGACAAGGAGAUGCGAUGACUUUGACAUGUCGUGUGAGGAGAAGCAACCCGCUACCUCACACCGUCAUCUGGAUCAAGAACGAGAAAGCCCUCAGCGAGGAGAGGACGGAGCGGUACGUCGUCCAGAGCAUCCAGCCUGAGGACGCAGGCGAUUACAAAUGCUCGGCCAUUAACGUCCGAGGUGAAGGAACAUCGGAGCCCUUUAGGGUCAAAGUCCAAUAUGGCCCGAGGAGGACAACCAUUUCCAUCAGUGAAGGUAAUAAACGUGUGGGAGUUGGUAAAUCUCUGACAUUUUAUUGUCAAACUGAGGCCAAUCCCGCCCCGCAUGGAUACUCCUGGUACCGAGACAAUGAAACCAUGGAGAUUGACUCCUCACGGUGGAAGUACGAGACAACCAGAGAUAACAAACGAACGCUGGUCACAGUAGAGAGAACAGAUCAAGGUUGUUACACGUGCAAAGCAACCAACUUCAUCAAUACAGGGAAGCAAAGCGAGCCAGUGUGCAUAGAAGUGCUCUAUGCUCCCAGCAGUCCAUCGCUAUCCAUGAAGACCGAGGUCAGGGAAGGUCAGCUGGUCACCAUCAGCUGCAGCGUUGAAAGCUCCCCGCCCUCAAAGCUCACCUUGACACUGACCUCAGAGUCAAAUCCUCCAUCUUCAAAGGUGCUUUUCACUCAUCCUGGUAGUGACCGGCGGCCCAACAAUCUCAACCACACGUUUCACGUCACUUCCACUCACGCUGGCGUCUACACCUGCGACGCCACCAACACCGAAGGCUCAACGACCAGCGAACGGAAGAAGCUGGUGGUGAAAUGUGAGCAAAAGAAACUUGUUCCAAAGGAAACGAUUUAG